UUCUUGCAUGGCGGACAGAGCAGAACCAGCCUUGCACUGGUUGUUAUGGCUUAUCGUUUCCACCUUGCACUAAUCUUUAUUGCAUGGCAGGAUUGAUCAUUGAUGAACCCAAACGUGUGAACCAAUAAAGUGCCAAUAAGAAUAUGCUUGUAAGAGGCCCAUUCCACUUCAAACUUCAAACCGCCAACCCCUUUUCGUUUUUCUUCUCGCUUUUUCUCUUUUAAAAUCGCAGAUCUCUCUCGUAUUUCCUCUGUUCAUUGGUCCAAAUCAAACACUCUUUCUCUCCGUCACUCAAUUGCUGCGAUUUUAAACAGCCGCCCCUUUCCUUUGCUUCUGAUAACAAGAAGACAAGGUUUUAAUUGCUAGAUAAUCACAGAAACUUAAAUGGGUACUCCUAAUAACAAUCAAAGUAAAGGGCUUUUUGCUGCCAUGACUUCUGGCUUGUCCAUGUUUAGCAACGCUAUGCAUCGAUCUGUUAAUGGAUUGCUUGGAUAUGAAGGAGUAGAAGUUGUAAAUCCAGAGGGUGGCAAAGAUGAUGCAGCGGAGGAAGCUCAGAAGGGAAGAUGGAAGCAGGAGGACCGAGAUAGCUACUGGAAAAUGAUGCACAAAUACAUAGGCUCUGAUGUUACAUCUAUGGUAACACUUCCGGUCCUUAUUUUUGAGCCAAUGACUAUGCUUCAAAAAAUGGCAGAGUUGAUGGAAUACUCCUAUUUAUUGGAUCAAGCAGAUGAAUGCGAGGAUCCUUACUUGCGCAUGGCAUAUGCUACGUCAUGGGCUAUCUCUGUCUACUAUGCCUUCCAACGAACAUGGAAGCCAUUUAAUCCCAUUCUUGGAGAGACUUAUGAAAUGACUAAUCAUGGUGGAAUUACAUUUAUUUCAGAGCAGGUGAGCCAUCAUCCCCCAAUGAGUGCUGGCCAUGCUGAAAAUGAGCAUUUUACCUAUGAUAUAACAUCGAAGUUGAAAACUAAAUUUUUAGGAAACUCUCUUGAUGUUUAUCCAGUUGGAAGAACACGUGUGACUCUUAAAAGAGAUGGUGUGGUUUUAGAUCUAGUGCCACCUCUCACAAAGGUUAACAAUCUUAUUUUUGGACGGACUUGGGUUGAUUCGCCUGGGGAGAUGAUAUUGACGAAUUUGACCACUGGGGAUAAAGUUGUUCUCUAUUUUCAACCAUGCGGCUGGUUUGGCGCUGGUCGCUAUGAAGUGGAUGGAUAUGUUUAUAAUGCUGCUGAAGAACCCAAAAUAUUGAUGACAGGGAAGUGGAAUGAAUCAUUAAGCUAUCAACCAUGUGAUUUAGAAGGAGAACCUCUUGCAGGUUCAGAAUUGAAGGAGAUCUGGCACCUUGCUGAUGUCCCAGAAAAUGAUAAAUUUCAGUACACAUAUUUUGCACACAAAAUUAACAGCUUUGACACAGCUCCUAGAAAGUUAUUAGCAUCUGAUUCUCGUUUGCGCCCUGAUAGAUUAGCACUUGAGAAGGGUGAUCUAUCGAAAUCUGGUUCUGAAAAGAGCAGUUUGGAGGAAAGGCAGAGAGCUGAAAAAAGAGAACGAGAAGCUGGAGGCCAUAAAUUUACACCAAGAUGGUUUGACAUGACUGAUGAAGUUGCACCUACACCCUGGGGUGACUUGGAAGUCUAUAGAUACAACGGUAAAUACAGUCAACAUAGAGGUGUUGUGGAUAGCUCAGACAACAUAGAACAAGUUGACGUUAAAUCAAUUGAGUUCAAUCCGUGGCAGUUUGGCAAGCAGUCUGCAGAAUGAGGUCUAUUGUCUGCGUGUUUGCUUGGAUUUCUGCAGUCCUAACUCAUUGGCAUAGAAUUCAUCAGUCAAUGUGGAAAUCUAGCUCUUGUUUGUGGCAUUUGUACAUUAUAUCUCCAUUUCCAUAAUCCCUUUGCAAUGGGGUUUGAGGAUUUCUUUUAUCAAUAUGUUUGUCUGUUUAGAACCAUUUUUCUAGCUAUUUUUUUCCCCCUUAUUCCAUGUUUCUGAUGAACCCAACAUCCUGAUCUAUCUUUUCCAAAUUUACUCAUAAAAAUUUUGGUAUUUUGGGGAUUUCCCUGUACAUGAAUAUAUGAUCUGUAAGCCACUUACAUAUUCUAACAGAAAGUUUGUCAUCUCAUAA